AAACUUGUAUGGCGGAAAACAUGAAUGUUUGGAAGUGUGUUGACAGCUCGCAAGAAUACAUUUAACAUGACACGCCUCGCCAAAGUCAAGCAGAAACAGGCGUAAGCGGAAAGUUGCCAGUAUGGAAGGUGGUGUGUUCAGUGACAGUGUUGACGUGCUGCUGACACAGCUGUGCAAACAUCACCUCCAGGACACUCAGAAGCGUGCUUACAUCGUUCAGCCUCAAACGUCUCGGGAUGUGCAGUGUAAACGACUCAAAAGAAAGGCCUACAACACAUUAUUUGAAUUUCUUAAAGGACGAGGAAGAUAUUCUUGCAUAUCCCCAUCUGAUCCUGUGAAAAAAGAAAUAGAUGGCAUUUUGAUCUAUGCUUACCACUUACGAUGUAAUCGAUUUUUCGAUGAAGCCAAUCGUCUGGAAGCUCUCCUGGACACUUUGUUAUCAAAAGAUGGUGAUAAGAGUGAUGUGAUGUCAGUGUUGCUGUUGCUGGUGUUGCUGUCAGAAAGGAGGAAUCCCACCAGUAGUGAAGUCAUUGGACAUGCAUCACAAAAGCUGCCUCUGGUGACAUCUAAAAGGACCCAGCACAUGGUGUUACCUGAAGGACCUCCUGUGUACGGGGACAGCCAGGUUGUCUGUCCCGACUCCUUCUACAUGCAUUACCCACGGGAGCUGUUUGAGGCAGCACACCAGCAGACAGAUAUCCGGACAAAGAUGGACAUCAAACGUCCAAAUCUUUUUGAGCUGACCCCCGGCACGGAGCUGGCCGGAAAUGGAUGGUUUAAUUACAAGCCACUCCUGAAUGAUGCCCAUGAAAAGGAGUCAAGAAUGACCAUGUUUGGAGGUCUAGUGCAAGGAAGAAUUACCUCCCUUGACGCAAAACUUGAGCUGCCAGAAUUGCCAGAUGAAUUUGAUAUGAAAUGUCCUGAAAUCAGAAUUCCAAAGGUCAUGUCAUCCAGUCAGUUGUCUCAAGACACAAAUGACACCUUCAUAUCGACAUCGAUGACAACAUUCAAUGACUCUGCUAUUGAGGAGAACAUCUGGGAUCUAGCCCUGAAGUGCAAGCGAGGCAGAUACUACACUUGGGAGAGGAGAGGAAUUGAAGGAUCCAUUGAGAGACCCUACUUCUCUGAGGCAGGUCCACUAGCUGUGGACAAGUGGUACACACAGAUGCUGCUGCAGCUCCAGGUUAUCGCCCCUGGAGUAGUGCUGCCACCUAGGAGAGAAAUCAGCCAAUCACAGCUUCUCAAGGAUGUUAUCUACCUUCUGAUUGGUGUAGAGUCACAUACCUUUAAAUUGGAUGAGGCGACUCAGAGUUUUAUGACAACAGAAGGAGUGUACGUCACAGGGAUAACUCCCGAUGCCCUCAGCAAUUGCCUGAGGGAUUUUGUUGCUUGUGGUUCCAACUACUACCGUCUCAACCUGUGCUCUAAGGCUCCUGUGGUGGACUCCUUCUAUGAGAAGGGGAUGGUGUUCCAGGCCUACACUGGUGCCGUGCGCAAAUUCCUGCAACACUACCGAGCCGUCAUACUCUCUGUCCCACCCAAAACUACACUUCUGCAGCUCAAGUUUACCUGUGAAAGAACAUUCCAGCAAAUUAGGUUCCUGUCUCAGCUGUGUUGGUGUGGACGAGACAACAUCAACUUCCCUACAGGUAUCCAGUUGCUGACGUAUCUGUACCAGGAGACUCUGGAGGCGGUGAACACAGACAACUACCCCAUGAUGCUGGCCAUCCUACAGACAGCAUGUGGACCUUACACCGUGUUUGUACAGGAGUGGGUGUUUCAUGGCUCCUUCAGAGAUGUGUAUGGAGAGUUCACCAUCCAGGUCAACCACCAGUAUCUGGAGUAUCGGGACAAGCACUACUGGACCGACGGCUAUGCCUUGGCUGCAGAACAGAUUGAGGACAGCGCACCUGUCUUCCUCCGUGACAUGGCCUGUGACAUCUUCAUCUGCGGGAAGACCAUCAACCUUCUCAAAAUCUGCUGUCCAGAGCACUUCAUCUGUCAAGUUGAUGACAGUGACAUCCCACAUGUGACAGUGACGUUUUCCGAGGGGCAGCUGUCAACACUUGACACACGCUGUCAGAUAUAUGUCAGCAAGAUGCAGCAGAUUGCCAGGAACCUCACCAUAUCCAGGGAGCAGAUGGUGGAGCAGGCUGAGCAGGCGAAGCGAGACUUGAUGGAGAAGGCUCACACGGUAGCUUCGCAGGAGAUUGCUAGACUGCAAGCUAAGAUUGAUGAGAGGAAGAAGGCUGCCGACAUGAAGAAGAGGCAGGAGUUCCAGCGGCUCAAGAGUCAGAUGGUCACAGACCUGCAGAGGCGUGCCGGGGAGAAGGAGCAGAGUGCAGAGGAGGACAAGGAGCACAUGGCCCGACUGACCAGAUCUGAGGAGGCCAUGGAGGCUCGGGAACUGCAGCUGGAACAGGAGGCCAGGGAGGAGUUGGUCAAGUACUAUGCCGAGCUGAGUGAGGAGGCGGCCCAGAGGGAACAGAAGGCCUUGUGGAAGGUGCGACGCUCUCGACUGGAGCUGGCCAGGGUGGACUUCCUCUCAGCCGACCAGGAGAAGUGGAGAAGAGAGAUGGAGGAAGCAACUGAAGCCAAGGCUGUGUUGGAACGUGACCAAGACACCAGCUUGCCUGUGUGGGCGGAGAAAGUCAAUGAUAGCCCAGAUGGAAAUCCUGUGAUAGCAGACGACACAGAACCUGAUGCUGCUGCUCUACCCAAGUGGGCAGAGCGUGGACUCACUGCUCCUCCGGCUGCUGUGUACGGUCUCGAUACAUCAGCUGAACAGAAACUGCCUGGGUGGGCGAGGAAAGGGCUUGAGACGUACAGUGUUGAGGAGGAGCCAGUCGUUGUGGAGGGGGGUGAUGGCGACGGACUCCAUGAUGGGGUGUUUGUGUCCCCUAGGAAGAAAACUGGGCUCCGCAUGAAUGAAUCUUUUACUGCUUCCAAGGAGUCGGAAGAAAGUCCCGAGAAGAAGACCAUUCGUGUGUUUGAAGAGAUGCACUGUACAACAGAAUCCGAUGGAGUUGGUGCUGCUAAGCCACAGGUGAAGCUGAUGCAGGACAGACAUGCAACGACUGAGACUGUGCCUGAUGAAGAAUACAAACCCAAUGUGAAGAUAUCUGAGGAAAUGCAUGCAACGAAGGAAACUGAGAGUUCAGAUCAAAAGCCCCACAUUAAGGUCGUCCUUGACGUCCACGCCAACAUGGAGUCAACAUCCAGCCAGGAGGUAUCUGCACCCAAGCUGAAGAGACACAGCGAGCAGCAUGCAAAUGUUGAAACAACUUCAAAAGAAUGGAAAGUGAAGAAGCAGAAUUUCUAUGGACAUGUUUCAAAAGUUUCUGGCUUGGAAUAUGAUAUCACGGCUCCUAAGUUGAAAAAACAUGCCGAGAUCUAUGCCAAUUUGCAAUCGGACACAAAUGACUUUGCCAUCCGUCCAAUGAUAAAGAUCAACAAAGCCUUGAUGGUGAACAUGGAGAGUCAGUCGGCAGCAUUUAAGCCGAUGAUCCGGGUGGACAAACACAAGCAUAGCUCCAGGGAGUCUGAGUUUGUGGACCUGGAUGAAAGGAGAUUGAAGAAGUUCAGGAUCAGGAACAUACACGGCCAUUCAUCCGACUCAACGGUGCAGAAACUGUUGUAUGGAGAGAAGUAUGGAAGUCCAAGCAGUGAGCGAGGGGAGAAGGAGUCGGAACAUGUGACAGACACCAGCAUGGACAUCAUGACUGCAGCGGCAUCCCACUCCAUGUGGAUGGAUAACGAGAAAGACCAGUACCAGGACAACUUUGACUGCCUCAAUGAGCCUCCAGUGGCUGACCUAAUGGCGUCGACCCCCAUGGCAUAUGGCAGCUGGGGGGACUAUGGCAUCAGCCUGGAGGGAGAGGUGGAGGCUUUCCGAUACAUGCCACUGCCAGCCAUACUGCACAGAACAAUCACUGCCUCACUCAAAGCUCAAGUCAACCUUGUGAACAAGUGCAUCAUCGACUACUUCUUCUCUGAAUUAAAAAUACAAAGUCAUUUUGAGGCUCUCAGAAGUUUCCUGUUCAUGGGAGAUGGAGACUUUGCUCAAAUUUUGAGUGAUAUUCUUCUGGACAAGCUUGCCCAGAACCCACUACCACAGGAGAUGCUCAACCCUUUCUUCCUGAACGGAGCUCUGACGAAAUCGCUGCAGUUGUCCAUGCACUCGGAGGACAAGUUUGCUGACAAUCUCAGCUUUGCCGUCAAGUAUAGUCCUACAGUCUUCCAACCUAAUGCUCAUGACACUUUGGACUGUUUGGAGCUGAGAUACAAGGUUGACUGGCCAAUGAACAUUGUGCUGACAGACAGCUGCAUGACCAAGUAUGGUCGCAUCUUCUCAUUCAUGCUGCAGCUGAAGCGGCUGGUGUGGGCACUCAAGGACAUCUUACACAGGCUCAAGAGAGACUCCAUUAUCAACAAGGCAGGGAACUCUCCACAGUUUAGGCGUCUUCAGCUGCACAGGUGGGAGAUGGUGCACUUUGUGAAGGUAAUACAGGAGUACAUCGCUAACCAGAUUCUCCUGCUGACCUGGUCGGAGUUCAUGGACGCUGUGCACACUGAUGUCCAUAAUCUGGAUGACCUGCACCAUGUACAUGCACGGUACCUGGAGAACGCCAUCUUCAGAUCUCUACAGAACAAGAAAGCUGCUUUUGUUAUGAAAAUCAUUCAGGAUACCUUCUCUCUCAUCCUGAAGUUCCGUUCUCAGCUUGUCAGCGCCCCUUGGAUAAGAGAUGCCAACACAGGGGAAAUGACUCACCCUAAUUUCAACAACAUGGUGGCCUCUUAUGAUGCAUUUAAAGCAUAUACCCUCUUCCUCUUUAAAGUUGUGAAGAAGCUUGCUCUCCGGGGCUACCAGCCUCAUCUCCAGGAGCUGCUGCUGAGAUUCAACUUCAACAACCACUACGACAAUAGCUAGACCAUCUUCAUCCCUCAGAUGUGCUGUAAAAGUCAGGGCACCAUUUCCUUGUCAGCAUUUUCUUGAGCCUUCCAGUUAUGUUUGUCAUGCAAAUGAAGUGUCAGGUUAUUAAUGAAUUAGUGUGCAUGGUAUGAAACAAUUCUACACAAGGGAACUGUACUAAUAAAAGCAAUGCAACAUGUGGUUGACAAAAGUCCAUGGUAAUUUGAUUCGGUCUAUGAUAAAGUAACAUGUUCAAGACCAAUAUAGUCUGUGACAGCUGUUUGAGUUAGUGUUACAAGUUAUAUAUUCCACAUAAAGUCGUAAAUAACGAUCUGAUUGGGUGUAUGAUAAAGUGAGGUGAUGUAUCAUGACUAAAAUUUUCAUUUACCUAGUCUAUAGUACAAAUUCUUCAAGAACAUGUAGCGAUAACUGCUUACCGCUAACCAGCAUGUUUUAGAUACAUAUACUUGAAUCAACAAAUUUACAGCUAGUUUGGCUAAAUAAUUGUCCCAUAGCCCCAAUUGCAUUUGGGAUGGUUUUCCCAUUUAUAUCUCUGUAAGUACUAGUAACAUAUUACAGGUUAGUUUCUAAUUUUGCUAUUCUGGGAGUAGCGGGUCUAAAAGUAUUACUGGAAAAAAAUAAUUUGGCCUCAGAUAGACAUCUCACUAUGAAACCCUGUGGAUUGUUCCAUUCAUAAACUCACAGUAUUACAGAUGGUUCCAAGUUUGCCAGGAGGGCUUUCAAUCUUCAAAAUGCUCCAUCAAAUAUUCAGGAACUAAUUUGAAUUUGAUAAAUCUAAUCGAAAGAAUAAAGAUGUGAAUGAAAUUUGUGAAUUAUUUCCAGAAACUUGUAAAUCACUGGUAUGUGAUCCUGUUUGCAUACAAAUACCUCAUGUGCCCAUGCAUUUAUAACAAGAAUUUUGUGCUUGCUUUUGUUUCUGUGUAUAAUCCGUCCUUUCAGUUGCAAGUAAUCUCAUAUUUCUACAUGCAUGUAUAAUUUGUACAAAUAUUGAAAUUUUGUAAAUUUGAAAAUAAAUUAAACUGUGAUA